AUGACCAUUCGAGCCUCACGGGUCCGUACCUUGCAAGUAGAAAACACACGCAUCAGAACAUCAUUACCACCUCCCCAUCUUAGCUGGCAGACGAGAUCUUUCAGACUCUCCAAAUCCUCAACAACCUACUACGACAUGGGCGAGAACCCCCCAGAAGAAGCGCCCUUCCCUCUGACGGAUGUCGACAGAUGGGUCCUCUCUCAGACUGAUGAGGAGUUUCACAAACAUGAUUGGGAGGAGUUAAAGGAGAUUAUCAGGACGAACAACCUCUCUGUCCUGAAGCGCAAACCCUCCGACCUUCGUCGAUACAUGGCUUGGACUGCAGAGACCAAAGCAGAAUAUGGCUCCAUGACGAAUUAUCUUCUUGUAAACCGCCUGCCUCAGGAAUGGGGAAACCCACCAUUCACACCAAAGUCUACUGUCCCUUUCGAGGACCCUUCAGAUUACCGUAUCUUGAUCAAUGACUGGCCUUACGGAUUGGAACCGGAUAUCAGACACAUUGUUGUGUGGUUGCGCACAACCGUCCCUACGGACUCCGAGACUGGUGAUAUGACACCCGAGAGCAGGGCUUUGGUCCAGUCAUUCAUCAAAAAGACAUUUAUCGAUGCUCUGGGUCCAAACGGAGAGAGCAGAGUGCUGUGGUUCAAGAAUUGGGUCGCCCUCCAGAGUGUACGCGCCCUAGAACAUAUUCAUGUCCUAGUCCGCAAUGUGGACGAUGAUACCCUUGAGCGCUGGACUGGAGAGCGUCCGAAACAGAAGCCUUAG